UACUAGUAUUACACAGAAUACAUGUAUAUAGAGUUCGAUUUCUCGGCAGUUUUCGGGUAUCUUCCAAAUAGAUGACGAAUUUGAGUUUAUAUAAAGUUCUAUGAAAAGUGUGAAGUCACGAUCGUGAGACAUACGUGUUUGCCGCUGGGAAACAUGUGAUGCAGUCACUUUGUCACGUACAAUUUUUCUCCAGGAAUGUUUUUCAGAAAAAAAUCCAUCGUCCAGAAAUGUCCACAAAUGAUCAGUAAGAUCAUAUGAUUGUAUAAUACUCAUAAUAUCAGAGAUAAAUCCCAACUGGUUUGUCGAGAGAUCGUGGAAAUAAGAAAAUAAUCUUGUGAGGAAAAUGUUCUUUGUUAACAUUUUUGGGUUGAGGCGACACAGUCGGCCUAGGAAUUGCAGCUUUCGAACGACUAUUUCUGCACAUAUGGGGAGUUCAUCGAAAUACGAUUCACACAUAUCUGAUCUGCUUAAUUUGGGUAAGUUAAGUGAGUUUUUGCAAAUAAAAUGUUGGAAUGUAUUCAGCUGGUUUCUGUCUCUAAACGACAAAUUCUUCCAGAGUUCGCACCCAUAGAGUACCAAUGGUAGCACAAUUGUUUUGUAAAGAUGAGUCAGUGUUCUAGGAUUUAGGAAUGGUGAACCAAGGUCAGAUAGUGCAAAAUAUGACUUCUGUCCUUUGUUACAAGCCUCCUGUAUUCGAUCAGAGAGUUUACAUUUUUCAUUUAUAAUCAUACCUAGAUGGUUGUAAGACCGGUUGCACGAUACAAUCGCUGGACCUAGAUGCCAGGACAUGUUACAUGUGUCUAGUUUAGCUCCUUGUGCACGGAACUGCAACAAACGCACGAUUUGGAUGCGUUGAAUGUAAAUCACCAUUUGCAAGCGUAUACCAAAAUGCGAUGUCUAACAGUUUUUGAAGCGCAAGUGGAGUGACAGCAAUUAAAGACAAGUCGUCGGCUAGGGAGGGGCAGCUGCUGGGUAUAUUAAGUAUACCUGUGUUUGGGCUACCGUACUGUAACGUUUGAAUAAGGUCGUUGAUGUAAACAAGAUAAAAAAAAGGUACAUUGUAGACAGGACACCACCCUGUCUAACGCCUUGGUCUACCGGAAACCAUUCUGUACGGGUCUGGUUCACUAUGAUUAAUUGUUAAUUUGUUAACCACCUAGCAUCCUAACAUAAUCCAGAAUUGAGAAAUUUGCACGUAUGUUGUUAUGAGCGUAACUGCUGACAAUGGUGUUAUUGGUGAACUGUUGACAUGAUAUUAUGGGCGUAACUGCUGACAAUUAUAAUAUGGGUUUAACCGCUGACAGUGAUGAUAUCGGCGUAAAUGCUGACAACGAUGUUGCGGCUUAGUUUCUCUUUCUGUGAACACAAUCUUUUGUUUGUUAUAAUCUUGUAAUUCCUUCCCCAUUCUGUUGUUUUUUGUUGAUAUUUGAGAUUUGUGGGAUAUUAACCAGUAAUAUAAAGUCCACAAUGAGGAAAUUAAAAAAAAGAAUUCAUGAAACUUCGCACACAACCUUCCGUAAAUUCGUUUGUCCUCACUGGUUUAUGGUAUAUGUUCUAUCGUUUUGUUUGACCAACUCGGUGUCCUUCAGAACUCAAAUAAAAAGAUCCUCAAGUACCUAUAUAACACAUUUCUUGUAUAGAGUACUUAACUCUUAAUUCGGAAUGAAAUGAGAAAAUUAAAUGACAGAACAUUGAAUGUUUUACUGUGACAUAAGUCGGGGUAUCACCACGGGUCACUGCACACUCAGCUUUCUUUAAAUUCUAACUUUACCACCCAAAAAACCUUAUGUAUUUAAAUUGAUAAGUAAUUGUAAAUAUUUGGUUUGGCAUUUUUUUUUCUUUGCAAAGAGCGUUGAAACCUUAUCCGUAUAAAUAUAGACGUGAAGAGUUCAGAUAUAUAUACCGAGAGGAAUCCGUUAAACAUAUAGAUUUGUCCAGUUUUAUGAACAACUAUACGCCAUAAAAUCGUCCUUCAAGUCCGCCUCAAGUCGUUAUAAACCUAAAACUUCACAUUUCUCGCAGCAACCUGUUCAUGAAUCAUAAAUGUGUUAAUGCCGUCCGAUUGCUGCGUUCAUGAGGGUAGUAUCCCAGGGUUGAGAAAUUUCAGCAAACAUGGACCAGGAUCCAGAAUCGGGGAAAACCACCGGGAAACCUUGUGAGAAUGUUCGGGAGGAAUUCCGAGUCCAGAAGUUCGGAUUCAGUGACGUCCAGCCUAGGUAUUUUGUGACAGCGCAGUGUUUCAGUCCCGCCCUCUUCUGUGUAUGGACAGGAUUCUGGGCGCUGUUCCACAUGACCGUAAUUUGCCUGCAGUUCUACUUUAUUGAUGACCACCCAAAUCCAAAAUGGCUGUCCUUCCUGACCAACUGGGGCUACACCCUCCUGGCUCUGUCGGCCGUGUGGGACUGUGUCUGUACGCUGUACGUAAAUACCACAAGGAGAGAAUUACUGGCAAACGAUGCAUCUUCAAACCUUUCGUGGUAUUUGAAGAUACAGUGGAUUUUGUUUAACGUUUCCACGGUAACCGCUGUCGUCAUCACGCUGCUGUUUUACUCACUCUUAACUCCAGAUUUUACAGCCAGCAGCAUACUGAAACACGCCAUUAAUUCAGUGUACGCAGUGCUGAGCCUGACAGUGAGUGCUAAGCCCGUGCGCCUCCUACACAUUUACCAGGCCGUGCUGUUCUCAGUGGUGUACAGCGUCUUCUCAUUGGUCUACCAGAAGGCGGGGGGCGGGGCUAUCUACACAGUGCUGGACUGGGACAAAAUGCCCAACACCGUACUGCUGUCUCUGGCAACUGUUCUUGUCGUGGUACCCAUGGUUCAUCUAGUCAUGUUUACUAUUUAUAGAUUACGUGUGUUUGCUUGGAACUCUUGUUGUCGGAAGAGACAAGUUUGUGAUGACGCCGACGUCGGCAGAAAUGCCAAUUUUGACGGUUCGAGGUCAGAGAAUACUAAAACGGAUGAAAGGCAUCAUGACAGUGCUAUGUCAAGUUAGACUCGAUGAUCACUGACAGGAAACAGUUCUCUGAAAGAUUUUAACGCUGAUAGUAGUCAUAGUUGAUUUCAUACCGGAAUGUACACGGAGAUGUAAGACGGGGGAAUGAUGUGAUCUGAGAGAAUGGAACACCUGAUUAUGACUAAGACGUAUUUUUCCUUAAGGGCAUUAAAUGCCAAACACUGAAAUCAGUGAAGCUGUAAUGCUGGAAUAUGGUUGUUUCAUAAAAUUGUUGAUUGUUGAUUUAUUGUAUAACAUUAUGAUUUAUAGAAAUUUCAAGAAAACCACGAUAAUCUUUGUUAUGAAGACCCAUCAUGAAUGUGCAUCUAUCAACAGAAUACUUUCCCCUUAUUUUUUCUUCAAUGGCCAAGUCUAAGCAUUAUCCAAGAUUUAUGUGUAUAUAUCAGGGUGAUAACAAAGUUAUCUACUUAUAUACUAAAGUCUGUCCCAAGUUAUUGCUUCCAUCGCUUUUUGAUGAUUUUUAAUAAAAACACACAUACCUGUGAAAGAAAUACAGAUGAAAUCGAUAAAAGGGAAUAUAUCCAAAUUAUAUUCAUUGACACGUUAUCAUUUUUCACUCAUAAAAGUUAACAGGAAUAAAAACAGAUUUCUUACGUAGAUUUAUAAUGGGAAACUUUUACAUCUUUUCACCAUUCAGAACUCAUUCGGAAAACCGCGCACAAUUUUUCAACGUUAUUAUCCAGGCUUCAUUAUUUCUGAUGCAAUGCUAAAUCCCCGCAGACUUUCUAUUUUGGUUUGUGUAUUGAAACGUGAGCGGUAGAGGGGGCAUUUCAAAACAGGUUUGGACAUUUUUCAUAUCAGUGGAUGAACGUAGUUUGAGCACAAAUGUAUUUAUGAUUAUCGAAAUAUCAAGCGAAAAGUUGUGGAAGCAAAAACUGGGGAUAGAGUAUUUUAUAGUGUUUCCAAUUCCAUUUACACUGUUUAAUUGAAGAUCACUGCGCGACCGUCAAUGACUUAUUGAACAAAUAAAUGUAUAGGCGAGAA